AUGGCUCUACAGUCAGCUGGGGACGUGCCUCUAAUAAUUAUUUCAGAUAAUGCAUCCUCAGAACGCCGCGUCAAUCCGUCAUGGACCAUAUGGCAGUUGAAGACGAAACUCGAGCCCAUUACGGGGAUUCCACCAUCAUCACAGCAACUAAUCCUUAAGUUGGGCAACCAGCAAUGCGUGACCAUUGCGAACGAAAAUGAAGAGGCUAUAUCACUCGAACAAUUUCAUUUUUCUCCCUACGCUGAAAUACAUGUUACAGAUCUUCGACCACCGGGGAUGCGACCAAACUAUUCUGACCCAUCCCAAGUUCCUAAAUUUGAGUUGCCGCUUGAUCAGUAUGAACAAAAAACUGAUAGCGUGCUUGCGUGGAAAAAAGCAAAUAAUCUAGGACGCUUUAAUCCUGCAGCACCAUCUCUUGAGCAAUCAAGGCGUCAGGCCAUCGAGACGGAAAUCCAUGAUCGCCAAAUUGAAGUUGGUCGUCGCUGCAGAGUUGGCGGUGAAGACUCAAGAAGGGGCGUUGUCAUGUACAUUGGUGAAGUUGAUGAGAUUCCUGGCGGCGGAGGAAAAUGGAUUGGAAUUCAACUAGAUGAACCUAUAGGUCGGAAUGAUGGUAGUUUGGGAGGCAAGCGGUAUUGGGGUAAGGAUGGAGAUUUAAAAUCUGGUGUUUUUGUGAGGCCACAGAAAGUUGAGGUUGGCCAGUUUCCUGUCUUGAACGACAUUUUUGACGAAGAUAUGGAAGAGAUUUAA